AUGCUCGAGAGUGAAUCUGGUUUUCCUCUUGAAAGUCCAGCAGUUGCAAAGUUUAGAGAAGGAGUGCUGAAGGGAGAUUGGGAUAUGGUUGAGAGUCUUUUCUCUACAUUGGAGUUAGAUCAAAACAAAGACACCGUUGUCGUGCAGUUUUUGAUUCGCCAACAAAAAUAUCUGGAACUACUAGAAAAAAGGGAAAUUAAAUUAGCUUUGUACACAUUAAGGAGCGAGCUUACUCCACUUGCGUUUGAUACUGAGAGACUUCAUAUUUUGGCAAGUUUUAUGAUGUAUUCUAAUACAGAAGAUUUAAAACGCAGAGCAGAGUGGGAUGGAGCUUUUGGAACUUCACGUCAAAAGUUAUUACUUCAAUUACAGAAAUACAUUUCACCGUCCAUAAUGAUACCUGAACAUCGUCUCGAAACAUUGCUUGAACAAGCCACUACUUUGCAACGAAUGUCUUGCCUUUAUCACAACACCGAUGAAUACAUCUCGCUAUAUUCUGAUCACGUUUGCGAUAGAUCACAAUUCCCUACAGUCACUACUCAUACAUUCUUACAACAUACCGACGAAGUCUGGUACGUUGCAUUUUCAAAUAAUGGGAAAUUCUUGGCAUCUGCAUCUAGAGACAAGACGGCUAUCAUAUGGAGUAUUGAGACAAAAAAUUCGGUACAUGUUCUCAAUAAACAUACGGAUUAUGUUUCUUUCUUGUCUUGGUCUCCAGAUGACACUAAGAUUCUAACUUGUGGGCAAGAUAAUGAAAUAAGACUUUGGAGUGUAGAGUCUGGAGAAUGCUUGAAUACAUUGAAAAAACAUACCGAACCAGUAACUACCUGUGCUUGGCUUCCAGAUGGGAAAAGUUUUAUAUCUGGCAGUCAGGACAAGAAUACUUAUCUAUGGAACUUGGAUGGAACGAUUAUAGAUAAGUGGACUGGUGCUCGAAUAGUUGAUUUAGCAAUUAAUAAAGAAGGCACUAAAAUGGUGGCUAUCUGUCACGACGGAAAGCUGCAUAUAUAUAAUCUUGAAACAAAAAAGGAAGAAGCGAUAUUAGAUGAGAAUGCUAAGCUUACUUCUGUCUGCUUAUCAAAUGAUUGCAAGUACGCUUUAGUGAAUCUUUCCUCCAGGGAAAUUCAUUUGUGGGAUAUAGAAGAAAAGCAAAUAGUACGUAAAUAUUAUGGUCAGAAACAGGGUAAAUUUGUCAUUAGGUCAUGUUUUGGUGGAAUAGAUCAAAGAUUCGUCGUCAGCGGUAGUGAAGACUCUCAAAUUUAUGUAUGGCACCGUGAAAACGCAACAACUCUCGAAAUCUUGUCAGGUCAUAUAGGGGCGGUUAAUAGCGUUAAUUGGAAUCCUACAAAUCCAUAUAUGUUUGCGUCCGCCGGUGAUGAUCAUACCAUUCGGAUAUGGGGAACACCAAGUGCCGCUGACCAUAAAGGAAAGAUGAAGACACCAUGA